CCCUGUUGAGCAGGCUGUGAGCGUGGACAGAGCCCCUAUUGUUCCCAGCCCACUCCUGCCUAAUAUGGAAUUCGCUAGGAAACCAAUGAUUUCCUGACACUGACGAUGCGUAGCCGCGUAGGGGCGAUUGUGGAAAGCUGUUUGGAGUAGGGGAAUAAACCGGGGCCACAGACACGGCUUUUGGAAACGGUUAAAUUGUCGGACCAGCAGCAUGUAAGACAGCGGAAUGCAAGUUGUAGGAGUUCUCGAGAGUUUUCAUGAAACUGCUGUCGAUGGCGUCGGAUUGUUUUGGAAGCGCGAGCUGAAGUGUGGCUCUCCGACUUGAAGGAUUUUGCGUGCGCACCCGAAAGACACGAGACGCGUAAACUCGAGUGACUAAACUGGUCAAACGAAGGUUAAACGCAUCAAAGAUUGAUACGUCAACACUUGGCUACCUGUGGUGAACACAGUUCUGGACUUGUCCAACUAUCAUGCCUACACUCAGCUCGAGAAGUAGGCAGAACGCGUUGGAAGCGGCUGAGGAUGGAGGCAGUAACAGCGAUCCUGUCAAUACCACAGCCAAAAAGAUGUUGAAAUGCGUUGUGGUCGGCGAUGGAGCUGUGGGCAAAACCUGUUUGUUGAUGAGUUACGCGAAUGAUGCUUUUCCAGAGGAAUAUAUACCGACUGUAUUCGAUCACUACGCAGUGAAUGUAACAGUAUCUGGGAGGCAGCACUUACUGGGAUUGUACGAUACUGCUGGACAAGAAGAUUACAACCAGCUGCGACCGCUGUCCUACCCAAACACAGACGUUUUUCUCAUCUGCUUCUCUGUUGUGAAUCCAGCUUCCUAUCAUAAUGUGCAGGAGGAGUGGGUUCCUGAGCUCAGAUCCUGCAUGCCUCAUGUGCCCUAUAUCCUCAUCGGAACACAGAUUGACUUGCGAGAUGACCCAAAGACACUGGCCCGUCUGCUGCAGAUGAAGGAGAAACCACUGACCUAUGAGCAAGGCCUUAAACUAGCCAGAGAGAUUGGAGCCCAGUGCUAUCUGGAGUGUUCGGCGCUGACUCAGAAAGGACUGAAGACGGUGUUUGACGAGGCCAUCCUGACAAUCUUCAGCCCUAAGAAACAGAAACGGGGCUGUGCGGCCUGCAGGAGCUGUUGUGCUCUCGUGUGAGGAUAAAACAUCUCCAGCUGUGAACAUCCACACUCCUCCAAAGACCCUAAACCGCCUCCGGUCUGCUGGACAUCCUUCCUUUCUCCAUCCGUCUGUUGUCCCUCAGGACAAUGAGCGCUUUUGCCCCGGGCUUGUGUGACUCGGGGAGAGCUACACUGUCCAAAAGAAGUGCCUUAAUUUCUCUCCAUGUUGCCUUGGAGGAUCUGCUUCUCGAGCCAAAGAAGUCUCCGUCUGGACUGCGGUUACAAGAACUGACAUGGCACGACUUUGCUAAUCUCCUGUCAGACAAACAUUUUAGAUUCAGCUCUGGGCCAUUGCUAUUUUUUUUUUAUCAGAUAUACAGUGGUGGCCAAAGUUAUUAGUAAUUAUUAAUGCAACACUGGACCACAAAAGGUCAUACGUGUAUAUAUUUGUGAAAUUUAUAUUUAUACAUCACCUGAAACCUGAAUAAAUAAGCUUUUCAUUUAUGACAGAAUAAUAUUUGGUCAAGAAAAUCUGGAAUCUGAGGUAUUAGAAAAAAUCUAAUAUUGAGAAAAUCACCUUUAAAUUUGUCUAAAUUAAGUGCACAAUACUAAUCAAACAUUGAAUUUGGAUAAAUUAAGAGUAAGAAAUUGACACAAGGAGUGUUUGAGCAGCCAGUGGUUCACACAGAGAUCUGAUCUCACCAUCAGCGUGAACAAAAGAACCUAGAGACUGUGGCAAUUUGUCCAAGACAUUUUAAGAAACCUUCCUGCAAAGCUACCUGAAAAACUAAACAUAUGUUAAGCGCAAAGGGUGGCUACAACAACUGUUGAUAUUUAUUUAUUGCCACAUCAGCAACUUAUGGCUAUUUCAGGGCAAAAUGGAUAAACAUAAAAAUAUUACAUGAUAAAAACAAAUUCGUAUUACAAUAAAAAGUUACUUAGACAAAUAUAUAUGAUAGAAAUAAAUAACAUUCACACUAAAAUAUAUUCAAAGUUAAAUAUGAUUUUUCAGUUCAAUUUUUGAUCAAUAAUUUAAGACUCUUCCUGGUGGUGCAACUGUUCAGUUAGGAGAAGUUAACUGAUAAAGAAAAAAUAUAUUUAUAAUGUUAUUUUGGGCAGCGCUCUAACUUUUCUGCUGCAUUUUCUCUUUGCAGGCAGGUGUCUUGAAGAUGUUUCCAAAGUUUAUCUGGACUGAGUCUGUUGUAUUUUUUCUUAAUAAUAAUAAUAAUAAUAAUAAUAAUAAUAAUAAUAAUAAUAAUAAUAAUAAUAAUAAAUGCAAGCAGCAAUUAUCAGGGUUCAAGCAGUUUAGUUGAACAUGUUUUUGUAAAAAUGUAUAAUUUAAAGUAAAUCUGUAAGUAGUAAAUCCUUUAGUUCAAAGUGUUAAAAAAAUACCAUAAGGCAUAGUAAAAAGUUGUACUUUUUUUCAGUUGUGCAGUGUGACCUAUCCAUUGAAGUUGUUAAAUCUUUUCAUGAUUCUUUAGAACUAUAAGCUGCCCAAUUUUCCAAAGUUAUAAGUUUCUGCUUAAGAAUGAUGUGUGAAAUGUUCUGCAAUAUACAGUCUCUUACAUAAAGUGCAAUAUUUCUGUGCGGUGCCACUUUAGACUUACACUGCAUGCCGAUUUCAAGAGAGUUAGACCAGUGGUCUCUUAGUUAAUGCUGCUUUCAUGUUUUUAAAUAUAUACGCAGGGUGGAAAAAAAAAAAGAAUACCCCAACUUUAAAUCUUUAUUUAAUAAAAAAAGCAUGAUGGAAGCUUGUGUAAUUAAUCAAUUUUGAAAACUAUAGAGCUUCCUUAAAUCGAUGACAGAAAGCACUUAGCUCUCUUUUUUUUCUUUGCGGAGUUCUCGAUUUUCAAAUUUGUGGUAUUAAUUUUGAAUCACCCUGUAGUAUCUAUAGUCUAGUCUGUAUAUAGUCUAGAUAAGGUCACAUUACAAGGUAUAUUCAUAAACAACAGAUACAUAACAGCAUAACAUAAUAACAUAAAGAUCCAUAACAAGAUAUUGUACUACUACUACUACUACUGAGGAUACAGUCUGAGAACUGAGAAGUAAUACCCAGAGAAAAGAGACAAGGGAGCGUUCACUGCUAAAAAUUAUUUUCUCAUUUGGAUGGGGUCUUGUUUUUAGUCGAAAUAUAUCUAUUCCAUCAAGAUGCAUUUUCUAAACAAGUAAAAAAAUUAGUCUUGUUUUCAGAAAAAAAAGUCACAAUCCAAAAUUUUUCCUUCAAACAAACUAAAUAACCUGCUUUAAGAGAAAACCUACUUAAUUAUGACUUAAUUUUAAGAUCAUUUACUUCUUUUAAAAAUGUUUUUGAUAUUUGACUAGAAACAAGACACAACCUCUAAAUUGUUUUGUGCUUGACGGAAGUCAUGAGGAAGAGAUUUUCACAAUCUUGAGGCCACAGCACUAAAAGACCAAGCUCUCAUAAUCACCAGAGGAAAUGUAACAAUCCCUAGAAGAUCGCAAGGAAUGGGCCACAACGAUUCUCUGUGUGGAGUAUGGACUGCUCAAAAAUUCUUGUGCAAAUAAAAAAAAUAUUUCAAUUAAAUAGCAAAAACAGUUUGGAAAUGUAAACUGACAUUUCCUAUUAAGACACUACAGCAAAAAGACAGGAAGAUCUGAAAUAAAAUCUAGUGGAAAUGCUAGUGUUCUAAUAAUUUGGCCACCACUAUAUCAUAUGGUUUCUCAAGGCUUAUGAAAAAAAAUGAAAAUCCAUUCCUCUGUAGAAGCUGGCUUUCUCUCAAAUCGCCUCGAAUCAAUAUUGCGCUCUUUCUGGAGUCAGUGCUUCAGCAGUUCCAGCUAGUUAAUAAGAGAAAUUCUCUGGAGGAUGGCCAGCUCAUCAAUACAGAUAGAGCAGAUGGAAAGAGAGAGUCAGAAGUGCAUCUUUACCACAAAUCAGUGGGUCAUUCAAAAUUAGCGACUGCAAAUAGCAUUGAUAACGGCUACACAUCCAAAGACAUGUACGGUAAAGAACUUAUUGGCUAAAAUUAAUGACAAUCAAGCAUGCUAUGCGAUAACUGAUGUCUGUCAGAGACAGGAUAAAGGGAAAAUGUAUUUUGUGACAACAUUUGCCCGUGGAUUACUUGUAUUUGAAUGGGUUUUUCCCAAUCGAGAUGCCCUAAAGUGUACUUAGUCAUGUUAUUGCGAGCUGUCAGGCCUUGAUCUUCAUUCAAUGUAGGUGUAGAACAAUGAUGCCAUAUAAUGGUGCUGUAAUUAUUAUAUUUUUCAUACGCAUUUACAUUUCGAUUUAAGACGAGGCCUGUAUUUUAUCUUCACAAAUGACACUGCCUACACAAUGAAUGCUCUCAUUUUCCUCUAAUAAAAAAAAUGAGCCGAUGGAGGAAUAAAAGUGUGGGGGACUGUAAGUGGCACUUAAAAAUAAAAUGUGAAAAUCACUCACUAAAUAU